AUGGGCGAAGAUCUUCUCAUUUCCGGCGACUUCAGCGACUUCACCCUCCACUGCGGAGGCACAUCGUUCAAGGUUCACCGGUCAUCCCUUGCGCCCGUCUCGCCCUUCUUCAAGGGCCUUGUUGGAACCAUGUUCAAGGAGGGUGCAGAGAAAGAGGCUAUCGUAAAGGAGACAACUCCAAUUGCUCUCGCUAUGAUGCUUCGUUUCAUUUACACCGGGCGCUAUGAGGAUGCUCGGGAUUUUCGAAACAUCGGCAACAUCUUUCCAGGCCUCGGACCCUAUAGAAGUCCAGGAGAUUGGAAAUUGGACAAACCAAAAUCUGAGUCACCAGAGGAUAGCCCUGAUCACAAACAGUUGAAUGCUCAAAAUCUCAAACGUAAGCAUGAGUCGAAACUUCAAGAGCAAAGAAAUUCAGUCCGACUCUACGAGCUGGCUUGCCGCUUCAUGAUGCCACGACUGGCUGAAAAAGUCGCCGCUAGUCUUGUCAAAGACUUCACGUCCGCUACCACCCGACCUGUGGAAAACCACCCAUUUGACUUGAACUCUGCCGACGCUGCCACGCUACUGACUGACAUCUACGACAUCGAAGGCCUCCACAGAACCCCCGGUAUCCAACGACUCCACACAAUGGUCAUGGCGAAGUGCAUUCAUUACAGAUGGGCUGUGUGGGGAGAAAGCGACAACGAGACCGGGAUCAUGAAGACCAUCCUAGGACACGACGAAAUGCAUCGCGACUGGGAGAUGGGCGUCGAAGUUUGCCAAGCUGCUCCGUCAGAUCAAAUCCGAAAUUUGAGUAAGAGUGGCUUGGGUUUCUUGACGUUGCCGUUGGAAUGA